AUGACGGACUCCGACGGAACCGCCACCGCGCCGCCGAAGCAAUCGGAAGACAAGAUGAUGCUGCCGCCGGCACCAUCACCGGCCAGAAGCAGUCAUCUCAGCAUUUGGCCCCCUUCGCAGCGCACCCGCGACGCCGUGAUUUCUCGCUUAAUCGAGACCCUGUCCACUCCCUCCGUCCUCUCCAAGCGCUACGGCACGAUUCCGACCGACGAGGCCGCCGAAGCUGCUCGCCGCAUCGAGGAGGAAGCCUUCGCCGCCUCCAGACACUCCACUACCCCCGAGGACGACGGGCUCGAAAUCCUCCAGCAGUAUUCCAAGGAAAUCAGCAAGCGGAUGCUGGAAACCGUCAAGGCUCGGGCCGGGUCCGACACUGCCCCGAACAACAUUGCUCCGGCGACUCCUCCUCUUGAUGUGCCGCACCCCGCUGAUUCUGCUGCCGAAGAAGUUCCGGCUUCUGACGAGGCUGCCGCUUGA